CCCAUAGUGCCAUUCUCAGACUAUCUUUUUGAGCGUGAAACUCAAAAUCGCAGGCGGGAUUCAGUAUUUGAGGAGUUCGCACUAGCAGUAGUUUGUGGUUGUGAUUUCAGCAAAUUGCAUCUACAAAUCACUAUUAUAUCGACUGUAUUCGUGAUCAUUAAUGAAACGCAACACACUAGAUAAUCAGAUCAUUAAUAAGAAAAAGUUUCGGUCGAGUAAGGACGGGCUUCUUUACAACAAGGAGAUUUCAAGGAAGACUAGUUAGCUAGCAUUGCAAAAAGGCAAACGGCCAGACGAAAGAGUUGAAUACGUACAUGAUGAUCGCUAAGGGACUGAAGCGUAAAUUUCAAGAGGACGAUGCGCAGUGUGGCAGCGUUAACGGCGUACGCUGGGAGAAUCAGAGACAGUCGGUUCUCGACAUUUCUCUGGUGAAGUACCAGCACGGCCAAGAGCUCGUGGAGCCUAGUCUGCGACGAUCUGUGUUGAUAGCCAACACCCUGCGACAAGUAACACAAGAAACAAAGCGUCCAGUUGAAGUGGUCCUUAAGGCUACUCCAGUAUCGCCUACUGCUCCUUCCUCAACUACGGAAUCUCUCCCUUCCCGCGUAAGUGUAGUAAACUGCCACUCAAGAGUAGAGGAGGACUGGGUUGCCAUGACGGCAGAACCGGAUUUCUCUAUGUCAGGAGCCAUAUCCUCUAUCCUUAAGGAGCUGGACACAACCAUUGAUGGUGUUUUUGGGCCUCAGUCUGGCCCACGGCUGCCCCUCAGGUCCCUGGAUAAUCUGUCUGGUCCGGGGCAGGGGGUUUGGGAGGGGCGCAGGGCUGAGGUCAGCAGAGGUUGGGAGGGGGUGAACUGGGGCACUGCUGAGGUCAUGGCCUCUGGCUACUUGCAGGACGUGACCCUGGAUGACAUCUUCCAGGACAUUGACACCUCGACGUUGGAGAAGGAGAUGGGGGCCCUCGGAGUGCGGGCCCCCUCGUCUACCUCCUCCUCCUCUUUUUCCUCCUCCUGUCCCUUCUCCCAGGAGCUCCUGAGAUGCCUCCCCUCCUUGGCCUCUUCCUCUCCGUUCUUCUCCUCCUCCUCCAGCUCUCUCUUCUCCCACAACCAGAGCCCCAGGGAGCUGUCAGAGCUGGACCACCUGAUGGAGAUCUUGGUGGAGUCCUGAUGCUCUGGAACUCCCCAGUAGAACAGUGUGACAUCAGAACCAGAGAAGAAAACGGCAGAGUUGUUUCUGUUGUUGACUCUUAUGGUCGGUCACAUGGUCGAUCACAUGGUCGAAAUGUGUUGGUUUUAGGAGAUGAUUUUUGAACAGGAGCCCUUUUGUACUUUCUCAUAACAGUAGUGAUGUACUGAUAUCUAUUUAGAAUAUUCUUAACAUUUUAGUCACUUUUUGCUUGUAUCAAGAGAUUAUAUACCACUAGAUGUUCACUUCAGACAUUGUAUUUUAGAAACAACUGAAUUGUAAUCCCAGGUUAGAUAAAUGAUUUAGAGCCACACUGUGGCGUGUGUGUGAGGUAGCGUGUGCUUAAAUCACACAAAUAUACUGUGUUAUAAACACUAACAUGUGAGGACUUGUCUUCUGUGAAGACAGGCAUGUCUGCUUAGUGUGUCGUAUACUUAAUAUCCGUCCUUCUUGACCACUAAGAUGACGCUCUACACUUACAGUAUGGCUGCUGUUUGCUCUUCAUACAACAAUGCAGGUAUAACACUAUGCAGCUUCCAUACUGUACACAAUAUGUCGUUUACUGUUAUCGUGCUACACACCUGAAUGCAGGUGUGGUGUUUGGGUUGGAUCCAACCAACAUUUUUCCCAAGAUUAACCAUUUCUAGGCUAGAACAAAUACAAAAGUCUACAUUUUCAGGAAAUGACUGUGUAUCUCAAGACUUAAAUGUCUUGCAGGUGGCAUGGGCUGUGCCACCUGCAAGACGUGGCUUGCAAUUUCAUAGAAUUAUUUUGCUACAUUGUUUUUGUCAGUUCAUAUGAUUUCUUCCCAAUACUGGCACGUUCAAGCCCGGAAGAAUAAAUUACGUUGUUGCGGUUUAAAAUUAUGGGCUGAAAAUAUCUACAUUUAGGAUAAGUACUCACAUAUGUUUGUCAUGAGAAAUGGCAAAACACUGACAUUGAAUACUGCUAUCUAUAAUGUUCUAAUCAAUCACCCUUUUGUAUCUUUAGAUGAUUUAUCAGUGGAUGCAGUAGUUAUAUGGUUAAGAAUUGUGUGCUUUGCAUGUGUCAUGUGGAACUUGGCCUACAACUCUAAACUGUCACUGCCUUUUGUUCUGCAUGUUUUGCUCAAAGUCACAGGUGUGUUUAGCUGUUGAGUGUUGUUGAAUUACAAGACAGGUCCAGGAACAAUGUUUGUUCCGGGAAGCACAAACUAACUUUGUUCUCGAGCUGUUUAAAUGUUGUCCUUUUCUGUUUACAAAUGUGGAAGUACUUUGCUACAGUAUAUUUGCUUAGUCACCUCUCAAAGAGGAGGAUUGUGUGUUUGUGUCAGAAAUGGUUAAAAUUAUGGGUUAUUUAUAUACUUAUUUAUGUUAUUUUAAUGUACUGGCAGUUCAUGUUAAAAUGUUCCUUAAUCAUAUUCAUUUGUUUAACAGGAAUGUUAUAAUGUAUUUUAUAUUUGAAAAGACAUGCUAGUUAAGGGCAAUGUCUAUCCCAACAUCACUGUUAUAAUUCUGUUGUAAUACAUUUGAAAAAAAAAAAAGAAAUAUAAUUCUGCUAUGGGCUUAGUUCUGGGGUUUUCUCAGAGACUUGACCAAACUUCAGUUUACGCAGAGGGUUGUGUAAUGGACACUAAUCUAUACAGCUAAAGAGCAAGUGGAGGGAAUUACUGAAAUAGUAUUAACAUUAGGCAUGAUAAGGUUUAAUAUUGUAAGGCUUGGAUGAAA